UCAUGCUGCUGCCAGGUCCAGAGUCUCUCAUGGGUCCCUGUACGGCCUCCCAUUGCUGCUGUCUCCAUCGCCACACUCUGCCAUGUGCCACUUUCAGGUCUCCUCACACUGCUGGUGUGUUCCAUUUUUUGUCAUAGGGUGCUGGCAGAUUACGGGCCUCCCAUUGCUGCUGCCAGGCCCGUAAUCUGCCAUGGGCCCCAGUACCGCCUCCUCAUGCUGCUGCCAGGUCCAGAGUCUCUCAUGGGUCCCUGUACGGCCUCCCAUUGCUGCUGUCUCCAUCGCCACACUCUGCCAUGUGCCACUUUCAGGUCUCCUCACACUGCUGGUGUGUUCCAUUUUUUG